AUGGAAGUCGAUCCAUCUAUUUCGUCAAUUCCAUUCGUUCAAAUGAACAUCUUCAAUGAAGAUCAAGAGAUUAUCUUGUCAAUGAACACUGUUUUCCGAAUUGGUGAUAUCCAACAAAUUGAUAAUCAGUUAUGGCAAAUAAAUCUAACAUUAACGAGUGACACUGAUCCACAAUUGGAAUGUUUGACCGACUAUAUUCGAAAAGAAAUUGAGAACGAAAAUGCUUUAAACAGUUUAGCUUUAUUAAUGAACAAAAUGGGUCAUUUCGAUAAAGCUAAAGAAAUCUAUACAACCUUGCUAGAAACUACAUCUUCGGCUACAAAUUAUAGCAGUAUUGGCUUGACGUAUCAAUCAAUGGGAAAUUAUUCCACCGCACUGUCUUACUUUGAAAGAACACUUGAAAUUGAUCAAAACUCUCUUCCAUAUGAUCAUCCAUCGGUAGCUACUACGUAUAACAACAUUGCUGGAGUCCAUCAAUCAAUAGGAAACUAUACAUCAUCACUCUCAUUUUAUAUGAGAGCACUCGAAAUUAAACAGAAAAAUCUUCCAUCAAGUCAUCCAUCAUUGUCAAAUAUCUAUAAUAAUAUUGGCGAAGUGUAUAGUUCAAUAGGAGAAUACUCCAAAGCGCUUUCAUUCUACGCAAGUGCGUUAAAUAUUCAGCGAAAAUUUCUUCCAUAUAAUCUUCCAUUAUUGGCUAUUAUCUAUAAUAACAUCGGUUCUGUACAUCGAUUGCUAGGAAAUAAUUUCAUUGCAAUUGAAUUCUAUGAAAAAACACUUGAAAUCGAGCUUCACUAUCUUCUACCCAAUCAUCCAUCAUUGGCAACUACUUACAACAACAUAGGUCUUUUGCAUAGUUCCAGAAAAAACUACCCGACUGCUCUUGCUUACUACGAAAAAGCACUUGAUAUUGGACAAAAAACUCUUCCAUCGGAUCAUUCAUCAUUAGCAUUACUCUAUAAUAACAUUGGUGAAGUUUAUGAUUCAAUGAAAAAACAUUCAGCAGCUCUAUCUUUCUAUGAAAAGUCACUUGAAAUCUUACAGAAAUCGCUUUCAGCUAAUCAUCCAGAAUUAGCUGCUGUUUAUAACAAUAUUGGCGAGGUAUAUCGAUCAACAGGAUUUUAUUCAACAGCAUUGUCAUAUUAUGACAAGACACUAAAAAUUGAACAAAACACUCUUCCAUUGAAUCAUCCAUCGUUGGCUAUUACCUACACAAAUAUAGCUGUAGCAUUAGAAGGUCUUCAACGAUAUCAUGACGCUGUUGAACAUGCAGAACCAGCUGUUGAUAUUAUUCGUCAUACUUUUGAAUCUAAUCAUUCAAAAGCAAAAGAAAUUCAAAAUUACCUUGAUAAACUCCGAGAAAAACUUUAA